ACAAUGAGAAACCACACAGCAAUAACAACAUUCAUCCUUCUGGGACUGACAGAAGAUCCUCAGCUGCAGAUUUUGCUUUUUAUUUUUCUAUUUAUCACUUAUAUUUUAAGUGCAUCUGGCAAUCUGACCAUCAUUACACUAACUUGGGUGGAUGCCCACCUUAAAACUCCCAUGUAUUUUUUCCUCCAAAAUUUCUCCUUCUUAGAAAUCUCAUUUACAACAGCUUGUGUUCCAAGAUUCUUAUACAGUCUAUCAACAGGAGACAAAACAAUUACCUAUACUGCAUGUGUCUUUCAACUAUUUUUUACAGAUCUCUUUGGGGUAACUGAAUUUUUUCUUUUGGCCACCAUGUCAUACGAUCGCUAUGUAGCCAUCUGCAAACCUUUGCACUAUAUGACUAUCAUGAGCAACAAAGUAUGCAAAACAAUGAUUAUCUGCUGCUGGAUAGCAGCACUUAUGGUUAUCCUCCCACCACUUAGCUUAGGUUUUCAUCUGGAAUUCUGUGAUUCUAACAUCAUUGAUCAUUUUGCUUGUGAUGCGUCUCCUAUUCUGAAGAUCUCAUGCUCAGACACAUGGCUAAUUGAGCAGAUGGUUAUUGCCUGUGCUGUGCUGACCUUCAUCAUUACUCUUCUCUGUGUAGUUCUCUCUUACGUGUAUAUCAUAAGGACAAUUUUAAAGUUCCCUUCUGUUCAACAAAGGAAAAAAGCCUUUUCCACCUGCUCUUCCCACAUGAUUGUGGUCUCCAUCACCUAUGGCAGCUGCAUCUUCAUCUAUAUCAAACCAUCGGCUAAAGAAGAGGUAAAACUUAACAAAGGUGUGUCAGUACUCAUUUCUUCCAUAUCACCAAUGCUGAAUCCUUUCAUAUACACUCUCAGGAAUAAACAAGUUAAACAAGCCUUUACUGACACUUUCAAAAGAAUUGCAUUUCAUUUAAAAAAAUAA